GAGGAGAGAGGAUAGAGAAAGGAGAGAGAGAGGAGAAAGGAGAGAGAGGAGAAAGGAGAGAGAGGAGAGAGAUGGAGGGCGCGGAGCCGAUCAGCGCGGAGAACUGUGUGGAGGAGCUGCUCCGGGCCAGGAGGAGCGGCUCGGAGGAGGCGCGGCAGCGGGUCUACCGCUUCAUGAGCGACCACCUCCUGGAGGUGCUGCGGAGCCCCGGGCUCUUCGGCCGGCUGGGCGCCGGGGAGCGGGAGGAGGUGCUGGCCCGGAGGACGGGGGGCACCAGGGUGCUGGCGGUGGCCGAGAGCAGCGAGCCGCCGCAGCGGGCCGGGGGGCCCCGCAGCCCGCUGCAGGAGCGCCCCGGGGGGCCCCGGCGGGUCUGGAGCCUCCACCCGGAGCGGAGGCGCUGGGAGGUGCUGACCAGCCUGCCGGAGGAGGUCCCGGCCCGGGGCUCCGGGAUGUGCACCCUCUACAACUACCUGUUCGUGGCGGGGGGCGCCGACGGGCCCCGGGCCUCCGACCGGGUGUUCUGCUUCAACCCGCCCACGCGCCUCUGGAGCCCCGCGGCGCCGCUCCGCCAGCCCCGCACCCAGCUGCGGCUGGUGGCCAUGGACGGGCUGCUGUACGCCGUGGGGGGCGAGUGUCUGUUCUCCGUGGAGCGCUACGACCCCCGGGAGGCCCGCUGGGCCCCGGUGGCCCCGCUGCCCAAGGGCGCGUUCGCCGUGGCGCACGAGGCGACGGCGUGCGGCGGCGCGCUCUUCGUGUCGGGCGGCUCGCUCUUCUACCGGAUGCUGCGCUACGACUCCCGCCGGGACGAGUGGGAGGAGUGUCCGUUCAACGAGAGCCGCCGCCGCUCCACCGACAUGGUGGCGCACCGGAACCUGCUGUACCGCUUCGACGUGGACCGGGAGCGCGCGGGCGUCAACGUGUACAAGUACAACACGGUGGUGAAGGCGUGGACCGGAGGCUCCGCCUUCCCGCUGCCCGACCCGCGGCCCUUCCGCUGCGCGGUGCUCGGGGACCGGAUCUACUGCGUCAACCGGAGCCAGACGCUGCAGCUGGAGGUGCAGGAGGAGCAGGAGGAGCAGGAGGAGCAGGAGGGCUUCCUGCCGGAGCUCCUGCCCUCCCCGCCCGAGACCCGGGGGGGGCUGGUCCCGUUCGUCCUCUGCCUGGACCAGGACCCCCGACCCGACCCGACCCGAGACGAUGGACCCGAACCAACAGACCCGAACCGACCUGAACCAACAGACCCGAACCGACCCGAACCGACCUGA